AUGGCAGAGGGCUCUGACGAAGAAGUGCGGGAGCGCCUGAAGGCGGCCCUGUGGUUCGCGGUGGGCAAGAUGGUGGACGAGGAGUCCCUCCGCAGGAACCGCAACGCCACGCCGCAGUUCAUCGGCGCCCUGACGGAGAUGGUGUGGGCGCAGAUCGAGAACGUUGCUCUGGACUUGGAGAGCUUUAGCCAUCAUGCUGGGCGGACGACUGUUACGACGGAUGAUGUGCUGCUGCUGGCAAGGAGGAACCAGGACCUGUUUGGCAUCAUCAAGGAAGCCGUGGACCAGCAAAAGGCGUCCAAGGCGAAGGGAAAGCCGAAUCGGUAG